CCUCUUCCAACUGCGCAUGCGCUUGACUAUCCCAUUCUUGUGCUGCAGGCAGCAUUCCGGGUGGGAGAGUGAGGAAAAAAUACGCGAUAUUUAGGCCUUAUUCAGAAAAAAACAAUAGGAUCGUAUUUAUCGAGACCACCUGACGCCUCAGAAUAAAAUAUGGUUUUCCGGGGCACAUCCCAGGGAAAGACAUGAAGAUGUGAUCUAGCUGCUAUCCUUCUCCAGUUGUUGCUUUGAUUGCUGCUCCCUCAUACCGACAUUUCAAACACGGCUGUAGUGGUUUGGCUCGAAGUAAGAACUCAAGUAAGCUGCACGACUAAACUUUUCCCAGCUGCUGCCCAGACACACAUGGUGCAUUGCUGCCAUUCCCAGAACCCAUCUCAAUCAGUCCUAAGGGCACAGCCACUAGCUUGCUAGUGUGCUUACAGUUGCCACAAAUUCCUCACAAUUAUUUUCCAGUUCGCCACACAAAUUACAUCCAGGUAGUAGAGCGUACUGGUCUUUGUUGCUGCUUUCUGCUGCUAGUAUCACUGGCAAUCAUCCAUCUUCUAGCUGGGAAGACAGUUAGAUAGAGAGGGUGAUUCUUAAAGGCCAGGUUGAUGGAGCCCAACAUGGAGAGCUGCUUAGCCCAGGUCCUGCAGAAAGAUGUGGGCCGCCGUCUUCAGGUGGGGCAAGAGAUUGUCGACUACAUCUCUGAUAAAGAGAAGUCUCAUGACCUUGAACAGGAUCAGACUGUUCUUGACAAGAUGGUCGAUGGCAUUGCGAGCUCCUGGGUCAACUCCAGCAACUUCAAGGUGGCUCUGCUAGGCUUGGAUCUCCUCUCUGCUUUGGUGACAAGGUUACAAGACAGAUUUAAGGCCCAUGUGGGAACAGCUCUACCUAGUCUUAUUGAUCGAUUGGGAGAUGCUAAAGACCAAGUCAGAGAACAAGACCAAGCCCUGCUGCUUAGGAUCAUGGAACAAGUUGCAACUCCACAGUAUAUUUGGGAUCGUAUGUUAGGAGGCUUUAAACACAAGAACAAUAGGACCAGGGAAGGAGUCUGCAUUUGCCUUAUCGCCACGUUGAAUAUGUAUGGAGCUCAAGGCUUGACUCUCAGUAAGAUUGUCCCCCACAUAUGUAAUCUGUUGGGGGAUCCCACAAGCCAGGUACGAGAUGGGGCUAUGAGUUGUUUGGUGGAGAUCUACCGACAUGUAGGUGAAAGGGUACGGAUGGAUCUCAGCAAGAAAGGCCUGCCUCAGUCACGGUUGAAUGUAAUUUUCAGUAAAUUUGAUGAAGUUCAAAGAUCUGGGAAUAUGAUUUCCUCUUCUGGCUCAGAUAAGAACUUUGAAGAUGAGGACUCCGUUGAUGGAGGCCGGUCCUCCUCCUCCUCAUCCUCCAAAGCACCUCCUAGUUGCAGGAGAACGGUGAUGACUGCUAGAAAACUCAGCUCAUCAACAUCAGCUAAGGCCACUGGUAAAGAAGCAGCCGCUGGUGCUGUUGAUGAAGAAGACUUCAUCAAAUCUUUUGAAGAUGUGCCCUCUGUCCAGAUUUACUCUAACAGAGAGCUGGAAGACCAGUUUACAAAGAUCAGAGAGGUUCUGUCAGAUGACAAGCAUGACUGGGAGCAAAGAGUAGUAGCACUGAAAAAGGUUCGAUCACUGAUGCUGGCUGGGGCAACGGAGUAUGAAAGCUUUCCUCAGCAACUGCGUCUUUUGGAGGCACCACUUAAACUGUCGGCUAAAGAUCUACGCUCCCAGGUGGUCCGGGAGGCCUGCAUUACUCUUGGACAUCUAUCAUCGCUGCUGGGCAACAAGUUUGACCAUGGGGCAGAGAGCACCAUGCCUAUAUUGCUGAAUCUUGUGCCCAACAGUGCCAAAGUCAUGGCCACAUCUGGAAUGGCUGCUAUCCGUCUCAUUCUCAGGCAUACACACUACCCACGUCUUAUCCCCAUCAUUACAAGUAACUGCACCUCUAAAUCAGUUGCAGUCAGACGACGCUGUUAUGAAUUUUUAGAUCUAAUGCUACAAGAAUGGCACACAAAUACACUGGAAAGGCAUGUGGCCGUUUUGACUGAGACCAUCAAGAAAGGCAUACACGAUGCUGAUUCAGAGGCAAGAUCCAUUGCAAGGAAGUGUUAUUGGGGUUUCCAUGGUCACUAUAGCCGAGAGGCAGAGCAUCUCUUCCAAACGUUGGAGUCCACAUAUCAGAAAGCACUCCAGAGUCAUCUGAAAAGCUCGGACAGCAUUGUGUCUCUACCCCAGUCGGAUCGUUCCUCGUCAUCUUCUCAGGAGAGUCUUAAUCGACCUCUGUCUGUGAAGUCUGUAAUUGGAGGUAGCAUGGUGAGGACUAAACUAGUGAGCACCCGGAUGCCCAUUUCAUCGAGUUCCCUCCAGCGUUCACGAAGCGACGUCGAUGUAAAUGCUGCCUCCAGCGCUAAGUCAAGGGUACCCACUGUUCCUACGUCUUCAGCAUUCAGCUCAGCAGCUGCCCUUCCUCCUGGAUCCUAUGCCUCAUUAGAUGGCACCCCUGGUAAAAGUGAUGGCCGUGUUCGCACGAGAAGGCAAAGCUCUGGCAGUGCAAGUGGAGCCAGUCCCACAGUAGUGGACAGUAGAGGUCGGAGCCGAGCCAAAGUGGUUUCUCAGUCUCAGCGAUCCAGAUCAGCCAAUCCCAUCAGUGCUGGGAGUCGCUCUAGCUCCCCUGGGAAACUGCUUGGGCAGAGCAGCUAUGGUCGAAUCCCUCGUGCAACAGUUUCCUCCUCGAACACACCGACUGAGAAACGUAGCAGGAUCCCUCGCAGCCAAGGGUGCAGCCGAGAGACCAGCCCAAGUCGAAUGGGCUUAGCCAACUUGUGUGGUAAAAAAGCUCUUCUCAAUGCUGCUCUCCCCUACCGCACGCUAGCCCGGAGCCGUAUACCCCGCCCCAGCAUGAGUCAGGGUUGCAGUCGCGACACUAGUCGUGAGAGCAGCCGCGACACCAGCCCUGCUCGUGGCUUUACUCCUCUGGCUUCCCGACGGCAUUCCCGUUCAACCAGUGCUCUCACAGCUGACCCUCAUGGCCAGUCAGAGCGUUAUGGUUUGAUUCACCAAGCUAGAAUCUCAGCGUCCGUCAAUGCUAUGAGGGUUCUUAACACUGGCACUGAAGUGGAGGCAGCAGUUGCUGAUGCUCUGCUAUUAGGGGACUCCAGGAAUAAGCGAAAGCCAAUGAGACGGCGGUACGAAUCACCAGGAAUGUACUCCGAUGAUGAUGCCAACAGUGAUGCUUCCAGUGCCUGCUCAGAGCGCUCUUAUGGCUCAAGAAAUGGUGGUAUCCCUCAUUAUCUUCGCCAGACUGAGGAUGUGGCUGAAGUACUGAACCACUGUGCCAGCUCCAAUUGGUCAGAGCGGAAGGAGGGCCUUCUAGGAUUGCAGAAUCUGCUCAAGGGUCAAAGAAUACUAAGUCGAGUAGAGCUGAAGAGACUAUGUGAAAUCUUCACAAGAAUGUUUGCAGAUCCACACAGCAAGGUAUUCAGCAUGUUCCUAGAAACUUUAGUGGAUUUCAUCACAGUGCAUCGAGAGGACUUGCAGGACUGGCUGUUUGUCCUUCUCACCCAGUUACUAAAGAAGAUGGGGGCAGAUCUACUCGGAUCAGUCCAAGCCAAAGUCCAAAAGGCCCUGGAUAUCACAAGGGAGUCUUUCCCAUUUGAUCAACAGUUCAAUAUUUUAAUGAGAUUCAUUGUCGACCAGACACAGACACCAAACCUCAAGGUCAAGGUAGCUAUUUUGAAGUACAUAGAGUGUUUGGCUCGGCAAAUGGACCCAGCAGACUUUGUCAACUCCAGUGAGACUCGCUUGGCUGUUUCACGCAUCAUCACUUGGACCACUGAACCCAAAAGCUCUGAUGUCAGGAAGGCAGCCCAAGUUGUCCUGAUAUCAUUAUUUGAACUCAACACACCAGAGUUUACUAUGCUCCUGGGAGCUCUGCCUAAAACAUUCCAGGAUGGCGCCACCAAAUUAUUGCACAACCACUUGAAAAACUCAAGUAAUGGCAGUGCUAGUGUGGGGUCUCCAAGCAACACCAUUGGUCGCAUGGCAGCUCGACACACACCCAAUCGAACCAGUCCACUCACCUCUCCUACCAACUGCUCACACGGAGGAAUGUCUCCAAGUCGGUUAUGGGGUUGGGGUGUUGACGGACUGGCAAAGCAAGCCCCUGCCCCUACUCCUUCUCCUCAGCCUAACUCCACCCCUGCUGCCUCUUCUUUCAGGGUCCUGCGAAGAGCACAUUCACCCAGUGUGAUGGAGUAUGACACCGAGAACAUGAACUCUGAGGACAUUUACAGCUCACUUCGUGGUGUUACUGAGGCAAUCCAGAGCUUUAGCUACCGCAGCCAGGAGGACCUGAAUGAGUCAAUCAGACGUGAAGGCAAGCGAGAUGAUGCAGCUGGAAAAGAAGUAAUGGCACCAACUCCUGGUUCCGAUGCUCGUCUGGGUUUGGAUGUACCCGAAGGGGGUCGCACUGCUUUAGACAACAAGACUUCACUGCUCAAUACACCAUCACCACGCUCUUUCUCUGGGCCACGAAGUCGGGAGUUUUCUCCUUAUGGCCACGGAGAAACAAUCUGUACAUAUGACAAGAGUGCCCUUAAGGAAGCCGUUUUUGAUGAUGAAGUGGAGCAGUUUCGUGACUGCCAACAUAAGGAAAGUGCUGAAAACAUGAUGACGCUCCCUGUUGGUCAAGACAACUCUGAAUUGGUUGCCGACUUGCUGAAAGAGUUGUCCAAUCACAAUGAACGCUCUGAGGAACGUAAAGGUGCUCUGGUGGAGCUUUUGAAGAUCACACGAGAAGACAGCCUUGCUGUGUGGGAUGAACAUUUUAAAACAAUCCUCCUCCUUCUGCUGGAGACAUUGGGCGAUAAAGAUCAUACAAUCCGAGCGUUGGCGCUGCGUGUGUUGAAAGAAAUAUUAAAGAAUCAGCCAGCUCGGUUCAAGAAUUAUGCUGAGCUAACUAUCAUGAAGACUUUGGAGGCCCACAAAGAUUCUCACAAAGAGGUGGUGCGUGCGGCUGAGGAGGCUGCGUCAACGUUGGCAGGAUCCAUCCAUCCGGAACAAUGUGUCAAGGUGUUGUGCCCAAUUGUACAGACAGCUGAUUACCCAAUCAAUUUGGCUGCCAUAAAGAUGGAAACCAAAGUCAUCGAACGGAUUGCCAAGGACUCUUUAAUACAACUGCUGGUGGACAUAAUUCCAGGACUCCUGCAGGGCUACGACAACACAGAAAGCAGUGUUCGAAAGGCCAGCGUUUUCUGUCUGGUGGCUAUAUACUCUGUAAUUGGCGAGGAACUCAAACCCCACCUAGCACAGCUCACAGGGAGCAAGAUGAAAUUACUAAAUCUGUACAUUAAGCGGGCUCAGACGACAAACAGCAAUAGCAGCAGCUCCUCUGAUGUCUCCUGUCACAGUUAAUGGAGGGACUUUUUGCUGAAGAACGUCAUCAUUAAUAUUCUGGUGGUCCCAACUGCUUUUUCACUCUUGUUUAAAUCUCUUGUUUUUACUGCUGUAUUCUUGCAAUCAAUUGUCCUAUUUUAUUCUCCUCCACCCACAAUUCUUUUUCUGACAAUUUUGGAAAGUAGUGUGGAUAAAGCGAGGACCUAUUUCCACCUUCGUGGGUCUUACCAAAAUAAAACAAUUAAACUAAAGCAAAUUAACAUAACAGCAUAAGUACUGUAUUGUAGUUCGUAUUGGGAUUUCAGGUAAUAUUUAGUAUUUCAAGUAAUUUGAAGCACAGAGAAGCCUGUAUUGAUUAUUUUCAAUCUAGGGUGUCGUGAUUGAAGUGAAAUCAAGGCCCUUGAAAAGUAUUUACUGCAAGUAUUUUUUUUUUUUUUUGUAGUAUUCAAGCUUUGGCACCAAACAGUAGCCAUAAAUUGCCAACUGCCGAGUGGAUUAUUUCUCUUCCUUCCUGCUGAUCUCGAAAAUCACAGCCAUUCCUCGACACAUGGAGUCAACCACAUCUGAUAGGCUCAUCAGGUGACCCCGUGGCUUUGCAGCUGAACGUUUGCCUGCAAUUUUAGCCAGAUUUAAACUGUGUUAAAAAUGUGCAAAUCUUAGAAACAGAUUAUGUUGAGACUGUUGGAAAUGGAACUCUUUAACAACAUUAUUUAGCCCUCUCGGCCACUGCCCGUAUUACGAUCAAGGAUGUGUAAGGUGGCGUUCUCGGAAUGUACGCGACAACUUUAAAUGGUAGUGAGGUCCUAAAAUUUUAUGUUAAAUAUUUUUUUUCUUUCAAAGGUAUUGGAAUUAACUUCAGGAUACCUGCAAUGAAUCUGCAUAUGCCCUUUAUUCAAUUUAAUUGAAUCUUCCCUAUGUAUCAAGUGAUGCUUGUAUUAAGAUGGAAAUAUUUGCGAGGCAACCAUAGAACUGCAGUAACUAGAGUGACAAGAUAUUUUUAAGUUUUGUAAAUAUUGCAAAUGUCUUUUCUAGUUUAUAGUUGAGAGAGACCAACAAACUGACACUGUAGCCAUGUAAAUAUAAUGCUUACAGUAAGGUUUCUUUACCGUGACUGCUGCAAGGGACUGGCAUGUACAAAACUGUAAACUAUCGGCAUACGAAAACUGUGAAUGUGUUGGGGGGGCGUGCCCUUGUGACCAUGCAAACACUGUAUCCUCCUGUAUGUAAUCACAACCUCAACGAUAAUUUGAAAAACUCACAACAAGUUAGUUUGUAUAUAUGACUUUUAGAUCUCUGCUUUGCAACAUUUUUGCAAAACGUAAGUUGCCUAUGUCAAUCUUUUGCACGUUAGCCUGCAUUUAACUUGCAGCACGUUGUCUUUUGUGCUGUGUGACGGGCCCAGGUUUUUGGCUGUUCAAGUGCACUUGUAACAUUCUCUUACUCAGUACUUAAGUAUAGGGCACCUACUGUUGUAGUGUUUGUUGCAGCAUUUGGUGGACACACUGUUUGGACAAGUUAUAAUUUUAGCAUCGAAUUGAAGGUGUCAGUGCGAAUGAAACAGCUUUAAAUGUUUGGAAAGUUGAUUGCUUUUCGUUGGUUUAAUGUGAUUAUUUAGUAUACAAUUCACUUUUUAUUAUUCGAGAGUAUUACUGUUUCGAAUUUGAAAAUCAGCUGCUGUACAAAGCCACGCUACUUGACAGGUGAUUUCACUGAAUCCCACGUAAACAGGCCCAUUCUUCAGAUUUAAGUCAUUGAAUGUAUAUAAUUCAGUUUUCUCUUUGUUUUAGUACAUCAUAUUAGAUUUCAGGUACUGAAACUGACAUGUAGCCCCAUAUAGUUUAAGAAUAUUGCAAUGCUGAUGUUUAAGUCAAAUGGGGAGUCUUCAAAUUUGUACAUCGUGUAGGGGAAGUCAUCUAGCUCUGUCCUUACACAUAUAGCAGUAUUACAUGCAAAUGGUUAAUUCUUGUAUUAUUUUGCCACGCAAAAUGUAACCUUAUAUUUAUUUCACUUAAUAUUAUUUUAUUCUAUUUCCUUAUGAUAAAGUGUAUAGGAAAAAGGUUUUGGUUAACGGCCACCCAUGAAAGACCGGCAACAAUAAAAAUUGUUUGCUCAAGUAAUAAACAGAUUUGUUGAUCUGGAAAUUCUCUGGAAGUUUAUUUCACAAUGGUAAACUUGCAUACAUGUUUUUACUGUACAGUGCUGGCCAAAAGUAGUGGCACCCCUGCAAUUCUGUCAGAUCAUGCUCAAUUUCUCCCAGAAAAGGAUUGCAAUUACAAAUGCACAAAUGCUUUGGUAGUAAUAUCUUCAUUUAUUUUGCUUGCAAUGAAAAAACACAAAAUAGAAUGGGGGAAAAAAUUAAAUGAUUAUGAUUUUACACAAAACUCCAAAAAUGGGCCAGACAAAAGCAUUGGCACCCUUUAAAAAAAUCAUGUGAUGCUUCUGUAAUUUGUGUAAUUAACAGCACCUGUUACUUACCUGUGGCACAUAACAGGUAGUGGCAAUAACUAAAUCACACUUGCAGGCAGUUAAAAUGGAUUAAAGUUGACUUAACCUCUGUCCUUUGUCCUUGUGUGUACCACAUUUGGCAUGGAGAAAAGAAAGAAGACCAAAGAACUGUCUGAGGACUUGAGAAGCAAAAUUGUGAGGAAGCAUAGGCAAUCUCAAGGCUACAAGUCCAGCUCCAAAAACCUGAAUGUGCCUGUGUCUACCGUGCGCAGUUGCAGUUAGCACUGAGGCUAACGUCCCUAGAUGUGGACGGAAAAGAAAAAUUGACGAGAGAUUUCGACGAAAGAUUGUGCGGAUGGUGGAUAAAGAACCUUGACUAAUAUCCAAACAAGUUCAAGCUGUCCUGCCGUCAGAUGGUACAACAGUGUCAAGCCGUACUAUCCAUCGGCGUCUGAAUGAAAAAAGCACUCUAUGGUAGGAUACCUAGGAAGACCCCACUUCUGACCCAGAGACAUAAAAAAGCAAGGCUGGAGUUUGCCAAAACUUGCCUGAGAAAGCUAAAAACGUUUUGGAAGAAUGUUCUCUGGUCAGAUGAGACAAAAGUAGAGCUUUUUGGGAAAAGGUAUCAACAUAGAAUUUACAGGAAAAAACAAGGCCUUCAAAGAAAAGAACAUGGUCACCGCAGUCAAACAUAGCGGAGGUUCCCUGAUGUUUAGGGGUUGCUUUGCUGCCUCUGACACUGGACUGCUUGACCGUGUGCAUGGCAUUAUGAAGUCUGAAGACUACCAACAAGUUUUGCAGGAUAAUGUAGGGCACAGUGUGAGAAAGUUGGGUCUCCCUAGGAGAUCAUGGAUCUUCCAGCAGGACCAUGGCCCAAAACACACUUCAGAAAGCACUAGAAAAUGGUUUGAAAGAAAGCACUGGAGACUUCUAAAAUUGCCAACAAUGAGUCCAGACUGUAAUCCCAUAGAACACCUGUGGAGAGAUCUGAAAAUGGCAGUUUGGAGAAGUCACCCUUCAAAAAUGGAGCAGUUGGCCAAAGAAGAAUGGUCUAAAAUUGCAGUAGAGCAUUGUAAGAAACUCACUGAUGGAUACCGGAAGCGGUUGUUCGCAGUUAUUUUGUCUAAAGGUUGUGCUACCAAGUAUUAGGCUGAGGGUACCAAUACUUUUGUCGGGCCCAUUUUUG